ACGAGUCUCCUUCUAGCGAGGACCGCCAUCCUCCACACAGCAAGCCUCUAGGAUCGUCGUCGGAUCUGCUAGAAGCUCGACUCCCGCAGCUUACGCAGAUCUUAUGGACGAUCUUAGGGGCGAUCUUAUUUGACGCGGCUGUUCAGGGACCUGGCAUUUCCAUGAAGUUGUCAGCAGCUGGCGUGUCAAUCACUAGCUGCCGGCUAACCGUCUGCGUGCACGCCGGUUGCUCGUCAAUCUCACAAGAGCCCGUCAGGUUCGCGCGUAUUGGCUCUGGUGCUCGUCGUCGCUCGGGAGUACCGUCGCUGGUGAUAGUGUUAGUGUCGUCUCGUAAGGGACUCGCGUGAUAGUCCCAAUCCCUGGUGGUAAUCUUGCGCUUAGAGUCGCUCGUGAGAGGGUCGCCGAGGGUCGCCGAGGGUUGGCGAUAAUCGCGAUGGAUGCGCGCGCGUUACUGGACGAGCUUAUGGGGAAGGACCGGGAUCUGCCGUUGGAUCAGAAGAAACGGAAGCUGCGAUUCGACGAUCCCGAGGUAUGCCGCUACCACCUGGUGGCGUUCUGCCCGAACGAUCUCUUCCCCAACACGCGCUCGGACCUGGGCCCCUGCCCGCGCGUGCACGACGACGCGCUAAGGGAGGAAUUUCUAGGGUCCACUAAGGUGGCGCAGUUCGAGGCGGAGCUAUUGGCCUACCUGGAGAGGCUUAUAGCGGAUCUUGAGCGCAAGAUCAAGCGGUGUCACGAGCGGCUGGACAAGGAGCUACCGGCAGGGCAGGGCGCGGCGGUGCACGGGGAGAGGAUCAGCGCCAUCGCCGCGGAGGUGCAGGCGCUGCUGCGCCAGGCGGAGCAGGAGGGCGAGCAGGGGCUGGUGGACCGGGCGCAGGCCACUAUGGGCAAGGUGGAUGCGUUGAAUCGCGAGAAGGAGUCCCUGCUGCGCUCGCCUGUGCCUGACUCCAUCGCCUCGUCCGUCAUUCAAAAGGAGAAGCGCCUGCAGGUGUGUGAGAUAUGCGGCGCCAUGCAGGCCAACACGGACACGGAGAAGCGCCUCGCCUCACACCUCGACGGCAAGCAGCACCUGGGGUAUGCUCGGAUUCGCGAGACGGCAGAGCUGCUAAGGAAGAAGCGGGAGGAGGAGAGGGAGAAGAGGAGGAGGGAGAUGGGGUUGAGUGAGGCAGAGGAGGGCAGGGAGGGGGGCAGGGAGGGGGGGCAGGAGGGCACGGAAGGCAGCCAAGGACGAGCGGAGGUGAAUGGGGAGCAUGGCGCAAGGGGCAAGGGCCGUGACGACCAGAGAAGUGGAAGCAAGGAGAGAAGCACGGAACAUGAGCGGAAACGAGACAGGGACGAAAGGGAUGGGGGCCGAUAUUCCGAGAGGGACAGGGACAGGGACAGGGAGAGAGAUCGGGAUAGGGACAGGGAUUCUGAUAGGAACAGAGACAGGGAAAGGGAGAGAGACAGGGACAGGUAUGGGGAGAGGGAUCGAGAUAGGGACAGAGAAGUGCAGGAGAGGGACAGGGACAGGGAAAGGGACUGGGGCAGGGAUAGAGAGUGGGAUAGGGAUCGGGAUAGGAACAGGGAGUCAGGCAGAUACAGGGAGAGGGGGAGGGAGAGAGAGAGGGACAGGGACAUCAGGGAGCGGGAUAGGGAGCGGGAACGGUCACGAGGAUAGAAAAGUUUCGGUGUGGGAGUGGGAGGGAGGGACUAAUGUUUAAAACUGUAGUGUAUCAGUGUAACCGCCGUCUCACUUGUGAAUACCGGUAUCCUAGUGUGCUCAGUAACAAGAAGAAAACCUGCUCACAACU